AUUGUCACGUGCGUUAGCCUACUUAUAUAAAUACAUACGCGCGACGUGAGCGAUUAAAUUGAUGCCGUAUAUCGUCUGAGACGUUCGCAUAUUAUAUACCUAAGAUAUUCCUAAAAAAUUUAUAACAUUUGUAGUUUAAUAAUUUGCGCGUAUUUGUGAGUGUAAACACAAGAUGAACAUUACAUUAAACUUACUCGCUAAAAUUGAUUAUUUUCGAAAACAUGUUGGAAGACUUUGGUAUUUGGUUAGUCCAAAGGAGACGACUUUCGAGUUUCUACAUGAAGUGCCGGACUAUCAACAACAGAUAUGGAUACCGUUUUUUCUGCUACUGAUUCUGGAACAACUAAUAUUAAGAAAAAAAUUUCGUUUAAAUGAUCAAGUGACAUCGUUAUCUCAUUGGAUGCUCUACGAAACUAUCCGAAUAUUUUCUCGCGGUGCCGAAUAUUAUUUAUACAUUGUUAUUUAUGAGAGGUUUGGCAGAGAAUAUACUUUACCCUGGAAUUCGCUAUGCACAUGGUAUAUUACCUUCAUUGCCGUAGACUUUUGUUACUAUUGGGCUCAUCGCAGUAAUCAUGAAAUUCACUUUUUGUGGGCCCACCAUCAAGUGCAUCACAGCAGUGAGGAGUUUAAUCUCGCGGUUGGUUUACGACAAUCCGUUCUGCAACAUUGGUGCAACUUCGUAAUUUAUUUACCGCUUGCCUUUUUUAUACCUCCAUCACAUUUUAUUGUGCAUAAUCAACUCAAUUUGAUAUAUCAAUUGUGGAUACAUACAACAGUUAUUGGUGAUCUCGGACCAUUCGAGUUAAUUUUUAAUACGCCUAAGCAUCAUCGUGUUCACCAUGGCUGUAAUCUUUAUUGUUUGGAUAAGAAUUAUGGUGGUGUACUUAUAAUAUGGGAUCGAUUAUUUGGUACAUUUCAAGAAGAAGAACGAAAUGAAGAGAUAAUUUAUGGAUUAGUAGUUAAUGUUGAAUCAUUUAAUGCAUUUUAUUUGCAGAUAUUUUACUUGAAAGAUUUAAUUAAGAAAAGUAUAAGUAUGAAUACAUGGGCUGAUAAGUUUGCUGCUUUUUGGAAAGGUCCUAGCUGGUUUCUAGGUGGACCACGUUUAGGUUUAGAUGAAUUCAAAAUAAAGGUGAAGCCUAGAGCUGUAUACGAUCCUUACAUAUCAAAAAUACAAAAAAUAUAUAUUAGUGUGCAGUUCCUGAUGGUUUUUCUCAAUCAUUAUAAAUUAUCACAAUAUUGUGAGAAUUUAGAUGAUCCUUGGGUAAGAAUUGCAGUAGCAAACAACUUAAUUGCCCUCAUCAGCAUUGGCUUGUUAUUUGAUAAGUGUACGUUUAAAUAUUCGAGCGCUAUUGAAAUCGUGCGCUGUGUUCUUUAUGUGUACUUCGUGCGUUUGUACAACGCUAACUUAAUUGAUUAUUUCAUAUAUUAUGCACAUGUGUUUCAAUUGGGUUUUUCUUGGAUAUCUUUUUUUUAAUAUAAAAUUUAUGCACGCACACAUAUAUUGCAUGCACCUAUUUCUUCACUCGCAGGCAUUAUCAAAAUUAAAUCUUAAGGAAAAGGGUUGAAAGAAAAAUUACUUACGAUUACAAUUUUAUAUACAAAAUAAGGUGGAUAUGCCGAUGGAGGGAGCCCACCCCGAUAAUCUUGACCUUGACAUAUAUUAUCAUAGUCAUGAGUGAUCUCCAACAGAUUUUAGCCGUCGUUCGUUAUUCGUUAAAACAUUA